CCUCAUCGCUAUAAGCCUUAUCUUUAGUAUGACCUUUGCACAACAACCAUCUGCACAUUUUUUCGGCUUAUUAUUCAAUAGACAAAUUAUAACAUAAAACACAAAAAACUGGCCUACAAAUGAACAGCAUUGGCGAGGACUGCAAUGAGCUGAAGAAGCAAUACGAUGCCUGUUUCAACAGUUGGUUCUCGGAGGGAUUCCUAAAGGGUCAGACGGAUGACUCGGGAUGUGCGCCAAUAUUCCGAGUUUACCAGGAGUGCGUCAAGCGAGCCAUGCGGGAACAGAAGAUCGAGUUGCGGGAGGUCGGAUCGGAGUAUUCCACGGGUUCCGAGUACGACAACGCAAACAGUGCCGGCGGAAAAUCACAGCCGAAGAGCAAAAGUUGACCCGUAACUCCACUUCUGUAUUCUGGCUACGGCCUUGAUUUCUCAAUUGGCCAGGAACAGGUCCCCAGCAGUCUUACCGGUCAUCAACGCCGGCACCUGCGAGGGGGAACGGCUUAGGAGUUGGCUGAAUAUACCUUGAUUUCCAUGUACCAGGAUCUGCUUUGGUCAAGCUUCAUGGCUUUUAUCCAGAACACUAAAUCCGUAUAUAAAUUGUGUAGUGAAUGUUUUACAAUUAAGUUUAAAUAGCCAGCUUACAAAAUGUUAUAUUCAGGAAGACUUCGGAUUUCAAUGAAGACCAAAGUCGUUAUUAUGCAUUAAUGUAAUAAAGUGUUAUUAUAUCGUAA